AUGAUUGUCCCUUAUAAUUUAACAAAUGUGGGUGGUAUUUCUUGUUGGUUGUCUUGUUUUGUAGGUAUAGAUCCAAAAAUGUCCACCACUUCUAAGAAACAAAAGAUGGGAGGCAGUACCUCUCACCAACCAAGGAAAUUUGAUUCCAAUCAAUUCCUUGGUGCUGAACAACAAGAAAGGUUCAAGGAAUUUGAGAAAAGAAAGAUAUGGUCUGAGAAGACAUUUAACAUCAAUAGAGAAGGAACUUUCAGGGAAGUCGCACAUAUCAUUGAGUUAAAGAAGUGGGGAGAAUUGAUUAAUCCUCCUAGAUACAUCAACUAUGACAUGGUUAGGGAAUUUUAUGCAAAUUCUCUUCGGUCUGAAGGAGAACCCUUCACUUUCACUACCAUGGUGCGAGGAAUGCACCUAAUAUUUGAUCGAGAUAAAAUCAAUGAAAUUCUGGGAAACCCUCUUACUUUGAGAGAGGGGAAGUUGUGUAAAUUCACCAAACACGUCAACCUCUGUUGA